CUGUUAAAUCAUCCCGUGUCUGCUCGGCGGUCGCCCGCAGACAUGGCGGAGUAUAAGGAGGCACCUUUGGCCUCUCGGCCGAAAACAUUAGACCCAGCGGAGUAUUUUAACAUUUCACCUGAUCAUCGACGGGCUGAAGAGCAGCGAGCUGCGCUUAAAGCUCAGCUAAAGAGGCGGUUUCAGCUGCAGCUCAACAGUCCUCACAGGAAGGAGCUGAUUGAGGAUCCUGCUCUUACACGCUGGACAUUUGCUCGUACCAACAACAUCUACCCCAACUUCAGACCAACUGCAAAAACUUCAUUGCUCGGUGGCUUGUUUGGAGUCGUACCGAUGUUCAUCUUGUUCUGUGUAUUGAAGACUAACAGGGACAACAAGGAGCAGCAGAUGAAGGAUGGAACGUAUGUCCGCCCCUUCAGGCUCUCAUACUGAUGGCUGACCGUUGUAUUUCACUUUAAAUCUUUGUGUCAAAUAUUACCUGUAGUUAUAAAUAAACAUCCUCUAUUGUUGAA